ACCAUAAUAUGGGGUCGGAUAUCCAUCGAAAUGAGGGCUAUAAAUAGAAGCCUCCAAGUUUUCAUUUAUACACAACAAAACUCAAAACACACAUAUUAUCUCCACUGAGUUCUCUCGUAUAAUAAUCAUCUCCUUCGAGAAAUAUGGCGAUUUCAAAAGCCCUUAUUGCUUCUCUUCUCAUAUCUCUUCUUGUUCUCCAACUCGUCCAGGCCGAUGUGGAAAACUCAAACAAAAAGAGGGGUUACCGCAAAAAAAUUGAUUGUGGAAGUGCUUGUGUAGCAAGGUGCAGGCUCUCAAGUAGACCUAACCUUUGCCACAGAGCGUGCGGGACUUGUUGCGCAAGAUGCAACUGUGUGCCACCUGGUACGUACGGAAACUACGACAAGUGCCAGUGCUAUGCUACCCUCACCACCCACGGUGGUCGCCGCAAGUGCCCUUAAGUAAACUUAAAACUCUCAAAUUGCUUCGGAUGUUGAAUUUCAAUACUAUGUCAUUUUGUGUGUUAGUAUUUGUUUGCAUAUAUAUGUAUGUGGGUCGAAUAAGUCAUGAGAGCCGUACGGCGUAUUUGUGUGUGGUGCUGUAUUAUUAAUUGGUCUAUUUGUUGCAAGUUUUUUGGUUUUUCAUUCGUUGCGUGAAAUAAUCCCCUUGUAUUAUUUCAUUUUCUAAAUAAAGUUAUGUUGCUUUAUAAAUUA